AUGUCGAAGAAGAAGAAUACAAUUAUUGAAUGUUCGAAUUGCAUUUGUUACGUGCAUGCAAAAAAUUUAGAUCUACACCAGAAGGAAUGUUCGGCAAUCAAAGAAUAUAAUGCUGAAUUUUUACUUACCUCUAGUGUAAAUAUCAUUAUGCCAAAUGUUGGGGCGAUUGUUACCAGUCAAAGUUUACCAAAUGCAGCAAAUUUUUUGCCACCUGAUAUUAUUGGUUGGGAAAAGCGAAAUGUUAUUUUAAUGCAUCCAGAAACAAUGGCUAAACUUCAAAUGUUACCUCGUGCACCUUGCUGGCUAACUGUUAUUGCUACUAGUGGUAAUAAUAAUAAUGCUAAUGAUGCGCAAUGUGUGACAGUUUGGCCAUGUGAUGAGGUCAAAGAAAUGCAUAUUUUCUUUCAAAAUGCUCGAAUUUGUGUAAAAUAUCGACUUAAUAUUGUGAAUACCGAAAAUAUCAAAAAAGUUUCAACUAUACAGUUGCGCCCAUCAUCUGGCAGGCAUUUUUUGCCAAUUUAUGCGAAGAAACAUUUCCGUGAUUAUAUGGCAACUUACCUAUCCAAUGGAUAUUUAGGUAUCAAUCUACCAGUAUGUAUUUAUUAUUAUGGACAAGAACACUGCUUCGAUAUUGUGUUAUCAGAAGCAGAAAUGUUGAAAAUACUAACAAUUUCAUCUGAUUUAUCAACUGUUAUGUUACUAAAACCUAAAUCGGGUUGUACCUGUCACGUAGUUGAUAAUACAGUCGCAUCAACAAGUUCAUUUCCUCUAACAUUUGAACAAUUUGGUGGAGCGGAAAAUGCUAAAAGAGAAAUCGAGGAAGUCUUGAUAAAACCAUUGAAAGCUGGAAAAGAAGCAUGUUCAGUGAUUUUAUCAGGAUAUACAGGAUGUGGGAAAACAUUAUUUCUACAUAUAAUACAAGAAUGUUUGCAAGAUAAAUCUCUUUGGUUAUCAAAGAGAGAGUUUGAAGAUUUCCUCGAAAAUGGAGCAGCAAAUUAUGAUCAAAAAAUGGUUUUAUUGGUGGAUAAUUUCGACGAUAUGAAGCAAUAUACUGAAAAAUUAUGCAAUUUUAUGGAUACAUACACGAAUUUCUUAUUCGUGUUAGCUGUACGUAAUGUGGAAACUAUUGGCUUACCAUUACGAGGAAGAUUUCCGUGUGAAUUGGAAUUGCUGGUGCCUUCACUAUCUGAAAGGAUGGAAAUUUUACAUUUGUUGUUGAAAACGAAGCAAUUGAAGUUAUCCUCAGCUCAAGAAUUAAUACAAGAUAUUGCUCAAAAAAGUCAUGGAUAUACAGGUGGUGAUUUGAAAGCAGUUUUGCAUCGUGUCUUUGCUAAUUUUGAAUUUGCUGGCGAUGAGAAUGAAUUAUUUCAACGUUUCGAUAUUGCAUUGAAGCGUGUACAUCCUACGGGUAUUCGACAGUUUGUGCUUCAAGUACCUGAUGUCAACUGGGAAGACAUUGGAGGAAAUCGAGAAUUAAAGAUGAAAAUUGAACAGGCAAUUUUAUGGCCAUAUCGAUAUCCAGAAAUUUUCAAACGUUUUGCUUCGAAACCUCCAUCAGGCAUAUUAUUAUAUGGACCACCCGGUUGCAGCAAAACUUUAAUAGCACGAGCAAUUGCAUCACAAUCACGUAUGAACUUUUUAGCAGUAAAAGGACCAGAAUUGUUCAGUAAAUGGGUUGGAGAAUCGGAAAGAGCUGUACGAGAGCUUUUUAGGCGAGCUCGUCAGGUAGCUCCAGCUAUUAUCUUUUUCGAUGAAAUUGAUGCAGUUGGUGCAAAUCGAGGUGAUCGAAAUGAGAGUCAUGUUGGUGAACGUGUACUGACACAAUUACUUACCGAACUUGAUGGCUUAGAAGAGAAAGGUGAUGUUAUGGUGCUAGCAGCAACCAAUCGUCCCGAUAGAUUGGAUAGUGCAUUACUCAGACCAGGCAGAUUUAAUCUUACCAUUCAUGUUCCAUUGCCAGACGAGGAGACUAGACUUGAAAUUUUGCGUAUUCGACUGAAUCAGAUGCAAGUUACCAUUGAUUUGGAUGUAGAAGAUAUUAGUAAACGAACGGAAGGAUUCUCUGGUGCCGAAGUGGUUGAGCUGUGUGAUCAAGCCGUACGCGAAGCAUUGCUCGAGAAUAGAGAUGCUAACAGACUUGAAUUUCGACAUUUUCAUCAGGCAUUGAAGGAGAUUAUGCCGCGAACUCCAAAUUGGUUGUUGAAUAUUUAUAAAGAAUUUAAAAGUGGUGUUGUACCGGAUGUGAUGUAA